AUGUUCACCAGCUGUGGAGUGGUGAGCGGCCAGAGCCACUACCUGCCCAGGGAAGUGGUCCGGCCCCACCCGGGGCUCGAGUUCAACCGGCAGAUCCACCUGGAGGUGGGAGGCCCCCCGGGGUCCUGCCUCAGCUACCAGACUCCGGUGUAUCAAACCCCUGCUCAGUCCUCUGUGGGCAGCAAUGUUUUCCACCUGUCCAAACCGACUGCUGCACCACCCCCACCACCACCACCACCGCCCCCUCCGCCUCCACCGCCUUCAGCGUCGGCACCGGGUCCACCCAGCGCCCCCAAGCCGGGGCAGGGGGGCUUCAAGAAGAUCCUCCGCACCGAGGAGGACAGCCCCAGCCCCUUCCCAGGCCUGGCCUCGGGGGUGCUGGAGAUGCGGGUGAAGGAGGGCAGCAAGAUCCGCAACCUGAUGGGGUUCGCCAUGGCCCGCAUGCAGGGGGAGAAGCUGGACAGGGGUGUCGGGGGCGUCGCGGGCUCCGGGGGCACCGGCGGCCUGAGGCAGGUGGUCUUCACCGGGUCAGGGCGUGCCGUCACCAAGACCAUCACUUGUGCCGAGAUCAUGAAGAGGAAGGUGGGAUCGCUGCACCAGCUGACCAAGCUGCGCUACAAGGGGGUGAAGGAGGUGUGGGAGAGCCACGACGGCGGCGCGUCAGAGAUGACCGUGCACCGGACCGUGCCCUCCAUCAGCAUCCUGCUCUCCAAAGACCCCCUGGACCCCCGGGAGCCCGGCUACCAGCCCCCCGAGACCCUGAGCGCUCUGUGGGAGGAGCGAGAGGGUGCGGACCCCCAGCCGCUGGCGGCCUUCAAGAGACCCGCGGGCCCGCCGGCGUUCGGAGGGUACCCCGACUGUAAGAGGGCGUGUCUGGGUGAGGGGGGCGGCGUGGUGCUCCCGUCGCUGAGUGGCUGA